AUGUUUACAGCUAACGACUCUCAAACAUUUCGGCAGUUAUCUGCUCCAAAAUUACCCGUUCUUGAUCGAAUGGCACGUGUACAACUCGGGCUAAACUCUGGUUUGCCACAUUUCAAAUCGUCUUCACCGAAUGCGAAUAUUGCAUUUCAAGAACAGACUAAUUCUUAUUUACAAGCCGGUGAGUUUUUCAACUUCCCACCUCAGCACUGGAAUAUUCCCUACUCUGUUGAAAACUCCGACUUCAGAAAUUCCCAAAAUGUCCUUCCACAUGGGCUCGGGAUUUCAGAGAAGCCAGUCGAUCCUUCUCACUCCCUUCGAGAAAAAAAGUUCCUUAUUUUCGAUCGAUCGGGGAAUCACACUACAUAUAUGUUUAGCCCUUCCUUUUAUUCCCCACAAAAUGUCGCUAUUGCCUCCGGAGUUGAAAAAGUGGCAGCCCGAGCAGACAAGCUGCCGAACCCGAAUUCUUUAUUUGAAGAAAAAUGGGAUGAGAAUUAUUUGAACGAUAAUGGAGAAGAUGAAUUGAUCGAUGAUAGUGAAGAAAUCAAUGCACUUCUAGACUCUGAUAGUGAUGAUGAUGAUGAUGAUGAUGAUGAUGAUGAAGAAGAAGAAGAAGAAGAAGAAGAUAAUGAUGAAGUAAAUAGCACGAUGAACAUUUCACUUCAAAAUGAAGGGAGGCAUGAUAAGGAAAAAUUAUUUGACGGGCUCAUAGAGGAAGUCGCAAGUUGCGAUUGUUCGCCAAAAAGGUUACGGUUGCCUGAUGGUGGGUACAAAAAAUUAUCAUCAUCAUCAGUGAAUUUGGAAAGUUCCGUCAGCUCGUGCAAUUACGAGAAUGAUUUUAAUUCGAGUAAGAGGGAUAAGAAGGUGAAGAUACGGGAAACGUUGAAAAUUCUUGAAAGUCUUGUUCCCGGAUUGGAAAGUAAUAAAGACCCGGUCACCAUAAUCGAGAAGGCCAUCGUUUAUUUGGAAUCAAUGAAAACCGAAGCCGAAGCUCUCGGCCUCACGCGCACCGAGAGCGAAUUAUCCACUCAUUCUUGA